AUGUGCCCCCAGGGCGAGCAGAUCUUUUACCUGGCUCGGCCCUCGGCCGCCAACCUGGCUCUGUUCGAGGCGUGGAGCAGCUCCCGGAACCAGCCCGAGCUGUUCUUCGGGGACCAGGUGGAUCGGUGCUUCCGCUGCCACCUGCGCCAGGGCCAGACCCUCUUCAUCCCCACAGGCUGGAUCCACGCCGUGCUGACCCCCGUGGACUCGCUGGCCUUUGGGGGGCACUUCCUGCACAGCCUCAACAUCGGGAUGCAGCUGAG